AUGUCUGACGAACGAACUGUUUCCCAGGGCCAGGCUUCCAGCUCCGGCGGAAGGAACAGGAUGGUCGACUCUGUGCAAACCAAGGCCCAGGAAGUCCUGCAAGAGGACUACGACAAGGCGAGAGGUUUGGUCGCCGAUGCUGCCAAGAGCAAGGCCUACCUGUACCCCAUCAAGGGCAUCAUCUACUUCGCAACCCACCGAACACUGUGGAAGCCCCUCCUGUCACGCAUCGGAUCCUACCUGCUCCUAUCUGCCGGUGUCGUCACUGGCAUGUUCGUCUUCACCUACGUGCCACAACUUGCUCUCCUCGUUUUCGUGAACGGCCCGCUAGCCGUCUUCACCACCGUCCUUUUGAUUCUGAACGAGAGUUCGGCAAUCAUCAACUUCCUCUCGCGAUCAUUCCUGCUCCAGGACGCGAUUCUGGACACCUUUGACGGCACUCUUCUUCUCAGAGACGAGGACGGAAUUGUGAGGGAAGGCAGACAGCUCAGGCCCGGAUCUGACCCCAUGCAGAAGCUGGGCAAGGUUCUCAAGAGUCCCUUUGAGAAAUACAGUCCCAAGGCACUCAUCAGAUACCUCAUCUACCUGCCCCUGAACUUCAUUCCUGUCGUGGGAACUGUCAUCUUUAUCUCUCUACAGGCUCGCAGUAGAGGUCAAGCCGUCCACGGCCGUUACUUCCAACUCAAGAACUGGUCGUCUUCCAGAAGAGCCGACUGGCUGAAAAGACACGCCGGGCCUUACACUGCCUUCGGCCUAGUUGCAACCGCCCUUGAGAUGAUCCCUUUCGCUAGCGUUCUCUUCACAUUCACAAACGCAGUCGGCGCUGCUCUUUGGGCCGCCGAUAUCGAGGCCAAGGAUACUUCCAUGACGGAUAGCACCGCACCCACGCUUCGAGAGACGGCACAAAAGGCCGAGUAA